AACUUAAGGGAACUUUCCAGUGCUGCCCCCAGCACGGUGGGGGCCUAGGGGCUGGGAUGCCAGCAGCCCCCCCCCAAACCGCCCCCCUUCCUGGGAGUGUGCUCCUCAUGACCUGUAACCUGCCCCAGGACCCUUGACCUCCAGGCGAGCUAGCACCCCAGGGGCUGCCCUGCCUGCCCCUGGUGGUGCCCCCUUUGCCCAGCUGCCCGCAGGCAUGUCACCGCCCCGAGAGCCUGGUGCUGGCCCGGUGCUGCCUAGGCCCCGCUGAGCUGGCGCGGGAGCAGGACCAUGAGCAGAAAGAAGAGCAGUUUCCAGAUCACCAGCAUCACCACUGAGUACGAACAGCAGGAGGCGCCACCCGCCAUGGAGCUGCCAGAGGAUGCAACCGUGCCCAGAAACGGGCCCUCGGUGCCACCCGGCAGCACCGCUGCCUCCCGCUUCCGGGUGGUGAAGCUGGACCAGGGCCUUGGGGAGCCAUAUAAACGGGGACGCUGGACCUGCCUGGAUUUCUACGACCGGGACCCGGAGCACCAGGUGGUGGGGCGGCUCCUGGCCGCUGCCCGGCACCCGCAGUCUCUUGACUCCCGCCUGGAGCUUGCUGGGUUGGCCCCCAAGCCCCAUGGCUACUUCAGCCCCCCGCUGGCGCGUUGGGGCGGACAUGGCCACUCCCAGGGCACAGCCUGGCCCACGCUGCCUGGCGAGCACCUGCCCCGCUCGCUGGGAGGUGGGGAGAGAACUCCAGGGGGCAGAGCUCAGAGUGAUGGGGCCAGUGCUGAGCCUGGGGAAUCGGGCGUGGGGGUGGAAGAGCUGCUGCUGCCCCAGAGCCUCGCCCAGCGCAUCCGGAGGGAGGUGGAGGAGAGGCACAAGGUUCCACUGCGAAGCUCCCGCCCCUCCUCCCCAGCCCUCCCCUUGUUUCGGGAAGGGAGCCCUGUUCGAAAAGCGUCGGACCCUUUUGGUGCACGUCUCAGCCUGGCCCGAUCUAUGUUUGCCAUGGGGGGACACCAGGACAGCGAUGAUGACAGUGGCUCGGGCAGCAGCAUGAUCGCCAUCGAUAACAAGAUCGAGCAAGCCAUGGACCUGGUGAAGACCCACCUGAUGUUUGCAGUGCGGGAGGAGGUGGAGGUGCUGCGGGAGCAGAUCAAGGACCUGGCCGAGCGCAACGCAGCCCUGGAAUGGGAGAACAGGCUGCUCCGCUCCCUGGCCAGCCCUGAGCAGCUGGCCCUGCUCCACGCCCAGCUUCGUGGCCCCACCGCCUGACCCGACCCGGGGCACUGAUGAUGCGCUACAGUCCCGCACAUGUGAAGGAAGCUUGCAGGGCCUAGCCAGACAUGGAGGGGCCACUAACAACACGUGCCUUGGGGAGGGGAUGGAGCCAGGACUCCUGAGUUCAAGUUCUCAGCUCUGGGAGGAGAGUGGGGGAUGGUGGGUACAGCAGAUAGUGGGGCUGGGAGCCCAGACUCUGGGGUUCUCUCCAUAGCUAUGGGAGGGGAGUGGGGAUGGUGGUUAGAGCAAGGGGAGCUGAGAGUGGGAGGACUCCUGGCUCUGGGCAAGAGGCCGUUUACUCAGAGUGGGGGCUAUAAUUUAGUGUGGGUGGGACUGGGGAGGACCUGUCUCAAGCAGAGGGUGUGGAGUGACCAGGGCAGGGGUGACACCCCCCCAGGACUGUCUGGGGGGUGGCCAUGUGAGCAAAGAAGAUGGGGCCCGGAGUGGAGCAGGGAGCCCCCUGAGGCAGUGGAAGGGAAGGGACGGGAUGGUGGUGGCAAUAAGAUUUGUAAUAAAGAACCUUUCACAGUG